AAAAAAACUGAAUAAAAUAAGAAAUAGUAAUAGGGAAAUACAAAAUGGAUAAAAUAAAAAACAAAAAUUAUUAAGAAUUGAUCCGUACUAUGUCCGACACUGAGUACCAAGGAGCGACGCCGCGAAGCUGCUAGGGUUUUUUCUCUUCUUCCGAUCGUCUCCUUCCCCCUUUCAGAUGACAGGGGAUGUUGUAAAGAUCUGUUGAGCUGUUUAGGAUUAGAUAGUGUGAAACAAAAAGAAAUGGAUGAUGAUAAUGGGCUUGAGCUCAGCUUGGGUCUCUCAUGUGGUGGAGGCAAAGCUAAAGGUACUAACAAUGCUGGAACCUCCUCUGAGAAUAAUCACAAUCUAGAAGGAGGAGGAGGUGAUAGAAGUGCUAAAGUGAUUGAUGACUUUAAGAACUUUCUUCAUCCAACAACUUCUCAAAGACCAGCAGCAGCAGAGCAGAGUUCUGAACCUCCUCCUCCUCCGCAGAAUUUCUUCAAUGACCUCUCCAAAGCUCCCACCGCCGACGGUGAAGCUUCCACCAAGCCUCUGUGGGUGGAGGAUGAGGUAGUGAAAGAAGCAGGAAGCAGCAAAAGAAAGGAGGAGGCACGUGUUGAUAUGCACGAGAAGAAGAAGAAGAAGACAAAGGCAUCCCAUGUUUCGAACGCGACUGAUGAAGGAUCAACUGCUGAUAACGAAGAUGUUGCGGAGUCUGAAGCAGGUGGUGGUGGUGGUUCUUCUUCCAACCUCGCAAAGGAUGUGGCGGCUCGUCCAACCGCUGAUAUGGACAACAUAGCCGCUGGUCAAAGGAAGAACACUGAAGCGUUAACUACAAUCCGCAACAUGAGUUACAACGUACCUUUCGCUGUUCAUCCACAGAACGUCAUCACUGGUUUACCUUACUCCUUACCACCGAAAGAGUCUGGACCACAUGCUGCAGCAGCUACAAGUCUGACUCAGCCUACUGCUAAUACUGGGAAUCUCCCAACCAUGUUCGGAUACUCACCGGUUCAGCUCCCUAUGCUUGAUAAGGAUGGGAUUGUCGCAGUUUCUCAGUCUCCAUUUGCUGGAAGAGGUCCAUCAAACUCAGGCGAGGGGAAACAGCCUGUUGCAGAGGAAGGCUCGUCAGAGGAUGCAUCAGAACGACCAGCAGGAGACACCAACAACAUUAGUACAGCUUUCUCUUUCGACUUUUCCGCCAUAAAACCAGGAAUGGCAGCUGAUGUGAAGUUUGGAGGAUCUGGCGCGCGUCCCAACCUACCUUGGGUCUCAACUACAGGGUCAGGCCCUCACGGUCGGACGAUAUCCGGUGUCACAUACAGGUACAACGCGAACCAGAUCAAGAUAGUAUGCGCUUGCCACGGCUCACACAUGUCGCCGGAGGAGUUUGUGAGGCAUGCAAGCGAGGAGUAUGUUAGCCCUGAGUCAUCCGUGGGAAUGUCGGCUGCCUCGGCUCAUACCUGAAUAAUGUAUUGAUGUUUGUAAAACAGUAUGGGAAAGGGGUUUGUAACUCUCGGUGCCAAAGUUUUAACGGUGCUUUCCGCUAUGUUGUGUUUGUAAUCUCUCUGCUUUUGCUUGUUUUGUUAGUUGUUACUCAGUUCUACAUUUAUCUCUUCGCUUUUGUGUACUAGUGGUUGUAGUUUUGUAAACUCUUCUCCUUUUUGUAACAUCUCGGAGUUGUGAUA